AUGAACCGGACCGAGUGCCAGACGCUGCGCGACUCGCUGGUGUGGAGAGACGCGCAGGUGUUGAGCACCCUGGUCGGCCUGUCUUUCAUCGCGCUCAUCGUGACCGUCGGCAACACGCUCGUCGUGGCCGCCGUGUUCAACAGCUCCAAGCUCCGGUCGCCCACCAACACGUUCAUCGUCUCGCUGGCCGUGUCUGACCUCAUGGUCGGCGUGGCCGUGUUGCCGUUCAGCGCCACCUGGGAGGUGUUCAAGGUAAUGACAUGUUAUUUUCGCUAUACGCGUCGCGUAGAUGUUUAA